CGGAUGGUGUUUCAGUAGGCAAUGGCUCGAUUCUGCUGCGCCUGUUCUCCACAAUCUUCUCCUCUCACUUUCAUCCCGAAAUCCUCCUCCAAUUUCCGCGCAUUUACAUGCUCUGCAACUCGUCUUCUCUCUAUCCGCACCCCCUCUCGUCGCCCUCUGUCUCUCAUCGCCACUCUUGCCACCGUUCAUUCCGCUGAAGCUUCUGGCGUUGACAGCCGUGAUAAGAAGCUUUUGCUUGAAGUCAAAGAUCUGACGGCUGUGAUUUCCGAAUCCAAGCAGCAAAUACUCAAGGGAGUAAACCUCGUCGUCUACGAAGGUGAGGUCCAUGCAGUCAUGGGGAAGAAUGGUUCUGGGAAGAGCACAUUUUCAAAGGUUCUUGUUGGUCAUCCAGAUUAUGAAGUUACAGGGGGCACUGUUGUGUUUAAAGGGGAGAACUUGCUUGACAUGGAUCCAGAGGAAAGGGCUCUUGCUGGGCUUUUUAUGAGCUUCCAGUCCCCAGUAGAGAUCCCAGGUGUGAGCAAUAUUGACUUCCUAAAUAUGGCAUACAAUGCUCAAAGAAGAAAACUUGGCCUUCCGGAGCUUGGACCAAUUGAGUUUUAUGGCUACAUAUCCCCUAAGCUUGACAUUGUGAACAUGAAGAUAGACUUUUUAAAUAGGAAUGUUAAUGAAGGAUUUAGUGGUGGUGAAAGGAAGCGCAAUGAAAUCUUGCAGCUUGCAGUCCUGGGGGCAGAUUUGGCAAUAUUAGAUGAAAUUGAUUCUGGUUUAGAUAUUGAUGCACUCAAAGAUGUGGCAAAAGCAGUGAAUGGGCUUUUGACUCCGGUGAACUCUGUUUUGAUCAUCACUCAUUAUCUGCGACUUUUGGAAUUUAUAAAGCCCACAUAUAUACAUGUUAUGGAGGAUGGGAGAAUCGUAAAGACAGGAGAUAUCUCAAUAGCAAAAGUUCUUGAGGAGGAGGGGUAUAAAGCAAUUUCUGAGGCCCAACUGUAAACUGGCAGAUAUUCUUCAAGUGGUAUUCUGAGAAUGGCAGCAGGUUGCUUCUCAACUCGUAAGAAGAAUAAUUUUCUGUAUGUCUGUCUAAAUUAUCGUUUUGUAUUCUAAGUUAUUCAGAAUGAGCAUCUAUAUGCUUGGGCCUUGGUUUUUUUACCUUUAAUUUAAGCCUGUUUCUCAAUUUAA